GCUACUGUACAGCCCCUCGGAGAGCUUCCCUCCCCAGGUACAGACAUUCCUGCAGCUCCUCCAGCAUUUACUGUUACAGACAAGAUUUCCUGGAAGAUGCAUAAACAAUAUGCAUCAGUGAGUCCCACUGAAGACAUCAGUGUAAAGACUGAAAAUGGACCUCAGCCAAAGAAAUACCGGUACAUACGCAAAGAAGGCAGCUGUAAUGUUGUGUUCCGCCAUGUUCCUGAAGAGUGGCUGCUGUUUGUGACCGACAUCUUCACCACGUUGGUGGAGAUCAGAUGGAGAGUGAUGUUCCUGAUCUUUGCCCUAUCUUACAUCCUGUCCUGGCUCUUCUUCGGCAUCCUCUACUGGGUCAUCGCUCUCGCUAACGGUGACAUGAAAGACCACACAAAUGACCCCUGCGUGUACGAGGUGCGCAGCUUCACAGCUGCUUUCCUCUUCUCGCUUGAAACUCAAACCACCAUUGGCUAUGGCUUCAGAGGAAUGUCCGAGAACUGCAUGAUUGCUAUCAUCGUCGUCACCGUGCAAGAUGUGAUCAGCUGCUUCAUCGAUACGUUUGUCAUCGGAAUCGUUGUCGCCAAAAUGGCCUCGGCCAGAAAGAGGGCGCAGACGGUGGGCUUCAGCAACUGUGCAGUCAUCAAUCUUCGUGAUGGUUACUUGUGUCUUUCCUGGAGAGUUGGCGACUUUCGCAAGCACCACCUGGUGGAGGGGGUGGCUCGUGCCCAGAUUGUCCGCUCCACGGUGCAUGCCACAGGGAAAAUGGACGUGACCUACGAAGAUCUGGUCAUCCAGCAGAGGGAUGUCAUCCUGGUCACACCCACCACUGUCUUUCACAGGAUCGAACCCGGCAGCCCUCUGUACAAGAUGAGCUUGGUAGAUCUGCGUAAAGCAGACUUCGAGCUGGUGGUGUCUUUUACCUACACGGACGACUCCACGGGUAUGCUGCAUCAGACCCGAACCUCGUACACUCCUGCUGAAAUCCUCUGGGGUCAGCUGUUCCAGGAGAUGAUCAGGGUCAGCAGGAGAAACUACAGGGUGGAUUACACCUUGUUCAAUCACACCGCCAAAGUGCUGGUGCCUGAGGUCAGUGCUGAGGACUAUGAACACAAGAAGCAGCUGCGGCCCUCUCCUCGACAUUCCCCGCGACAUUCCCCACGCCCUUCCCCGCGGCUUUCUCCUAGAUCUUCCCCACGCCCCUCUCCGAGGUCACAGCGGCAAAAUCAUCACGAAAAACUACUGAAACCCCCAACGGUAACUGUGGAACUUGUGAAUGAUAGUCGCCCUGAACCAACUGAUUCAACAUCUCAAGCAGACAGUCAACAUCAAGACAGUUUGACUCUCCCAAAUGACCACGCAAGUCCAGAAAUAUAGUAUAAUGUUUGAGGCGGUCAGACAUUGUCCAUUUCUUCAAAGAAACCUCUGCUAAAGAGGAAUGGAUGCUACUGAAUCUCAUUCACUGUCAGAAUGUUCAAAGUUGUGGCAUCUUUGUUUUUGGUGUAAUUUUUGUUUAAAGUGACACUCGAGCCAAGAUCCCUUUGAGUAUCAAACCCUUGUAGGCUUUAAAGAUGGCACCCAUUCAUUCCAACGAAGGCUGCUCAUCCAGCACACAGGUGACAUGAAGGCUAUUGAAUCCUUAGCUGUGGUUUUCAAAACAGUACAGGGUUUACAGUAUGUUCAGCCAUUUGAGCUAACAUGCUCACAAUGACAAUGCUAACAUUCUAAUGUAUAUCAUGUAUAACUUUUUACCAUGUUUACUAUCUGUGUUAGCAUGCUAACAUUGGCCAAUUAAAACAAUGGAAAAACAAAUGGACAGAGGAGACUUGCUGUUAUGCUGCAGGAGCAGUUUGAGAGGUUUAUGUGGAUGUUUUGAUUAUUUUUCCCUUCAUUAAAACUGCUCACUGUUGGAAUUUACUGUCACUGAUGUGGAUUUAAGCCGACCGCAGCAGCUGCAUUCCUUCAGUGACGAAACUACAAACUUUUUACAGCCCCCUUUUAAGCCUACAUUUUGUCAGGAUUUGAUGCCCAAAAUAUAAAUACUUGAUAGACUGUCACUUUCAAACAUUUAAAAGCAACAUAGAAAGAAUACAAAACCUAUAAUGUACAGAGGCUAGUUAUUUUGGAAUAUAUAUAUAUAUAUAUAUAGGUUUUAAUAAUUAUAGUCUUUAUAGGAUUAUUGUAACAUUCAGAUUCAUCUUUAUUAUUAAUAAUGAAAGAUUUAAGUGGAUAAAAAAUUGCUUUUACACUUUAUAUGGACCUUGAAGUGAGAUUGUUUUGUGAACUGCUGUUUCCAAGGUCAAAAAUGAACUUUCAAUCUCAACCUGAACAGUCUUUAAAACGUUCAGAAAAGAUCACAAGAUCCAGACGAAAGCUCCAAAACUGAAUGGACCUCGUGGUGAGGUGGUUUCAUCGACUGUUUUUAUAUUCUGUGUAAAAAGAAAUUAUGUAAAGAAAUAUGAGAUUAGACCAAAACUUUAGAGUGUGAAUGUAUGUAAAAAAAAAAAAAAAAAAUAGGGUCAGAAGUCAGAGGGUGGACUUAAGCAAUGUCCUCUAUUGUGAGUAAAGUCAGCAGAGUUUAUAUGAAAAACAUGUACAUUUUCUUCAUGUUUGUG